AGCGUUGCAAAAGAAGAUGCUGAAAUGCUUUUACUUCAACAACAUGUGUUAACUUCCUCCUAAAAAAGGUGUGAAGUUUUGAACGCUGACACUAAUUUUAAGAAGAGCAGAAGAAAAAAGGCAUUAAAGAGUCUCUCCUCAAAGCUGGACAGAUAUGAACCCGUCUCCACAUAACGAAGUCAGGCCUCAAAGUGCCGUGCUAGUUGCAACACUUGUUGUGCUGAAUAUGAUUUGGUGGAUGAUUAUGAUUGCAGCCAUCGGUUUGGGGGCUACACAUCUAAGCCUUUGCCCAGUAGAGUCCAACAUCCCCAUUUACCUUAUAGCUCUGGGAGUAACCAACCUCCUAGCUCUGUCUCUGACCUACACCCAGACCACCUGGGGGGAAGGCAUGGUCUUCACCCUGUGCUCCACCUGCACGGCUAUCCUGCACCUCAUCAGUUUUGGCCUGUUUUUUGCAGGCAGCACCUGGGUUUAUCCUGUUUAUCCUCCUGACUACACACCCGGUGCACCUCGAUACUGCCACAGGACAACAUACCAGUUUGCCUUCGCUGUCACCACUCUGGUGUGGGCUGCUGCAACCCUCAUCUUUAUCUGCGGUUGCUGCUUUGCUCUGCUGACCUGCUCUAUGUGUGCCAUUUCAGGAAACAGAUUGUUACCCGGCCGAUAUAGUUUCUAUGGUGCCACAAGAGAUUCUCAUGAACCCGCUGGUGGAGAUGUGUGAUGCAGAUUUUUGUUCUUUUUUUAUGUCUAAAGAAUUUACGAGCUCUGUUAUUAAUAGCUUCUGGCAAACAAUUGACGAAAGAUGUCUUACUUCACUUAUGAACAUUUUGGCAACAUCUGUUUCAUUACAUGCUACCGGUUGAACAGAAAGCAGUUAACAUUUGAGCCUAUCAAAGAGAAGAUGAUACUUACAUCAAUACAUCAAAGAUGAGAAGUUAAACCACUGAACUUCAGCCAAAACUUGUAUCUGAAUGUAUGCUUGCUGUAACCUAUGCAAUGAUACUUUUUCUUCUUUAAUGUUUUAUCAAAUGCCAAGAAAUUCUGCAGCAUUAAAAAUAAUGCAUGGAAUGAAGAGAUAAAGAAAAUAAAUGGAUCAGCGAGAGCAAAGAUAAAAUAUGCUUUUUAACAUUUUUCGAAUAUUGUAACAUUUUCCUAAUAAAAUGUAUGAAUAAACAACUAAUUCAAUACAAAUAAUAAAAAGAAAGAAAC